AUGAUCGGAGGAGGAAUCGGAAUCAACUUCCGCAGCGAGUACUUCAACCCAACCACUCCAGUGAACAUCCCAGUUCAAGGCUUCUCCAACGGAUCCCGCCUCCGUCUCGUCGUCGUCCCAAACGCCAACGACACUUGCUUCGCCGUCAACUUCCAUACUCCAGAUGACAUUGUUUUUCACUUCAAUCCACGUUUCGACGAGGGAAUGGUUGUGAACAACUCGACUCGCGGUGGAAAAUCGAAUUGGGAGUCCGAGGAUCGUCAUCCGAUUCCAUUCGUUCACGACAAGGUCUAUACUGUCGAGUUCGUUUCGAACGGAGGAAUCAUUACUAUCUUCGUCAACGGAAACCACUUCGCCGACUUUGUCGAGCGUACCUCUUCCCAAGGAGUCCACAACGUUGAGAUCAACGGAGGUGUCCAUGUUCAUUCCGCCCAUGUCUCUCACUAA